GUGCCAGGUGAUCGGCCGUGGAAAGAUCGCCGCGGUGCGCCGGAGGCUAUGAAGCGCGGUGUUCGGCGGGAGUCUUGCCGGAAGCGGAAGCUUGGGGGGCGGGCCAAAGGGGGCGGGGAGCCCGCGGCGGUUAAUUCUUUUUACCGAGUGGCUUCGCUUCCCUUGGUCUGGGCUUUACUGAGGCUGCGAGAGAUGGUCAGGUCUGGAUCUCGACCGGGCCAGGUGUUAUCUUCAGGAAGAAACCCUGGACCUGCUAAAUUAGCAAAUGGAAAGAAAGGGACCCACUUAAGAAAAAUAUCACGUUUUAGCACAAAUUCUGGCCAUCCCACUCAUUCUGAUUCAGAAAGUCAGACUGAAACUAUACAGGGGCUUGAUGGUUGUGCUUCUUUGCUGCGGGACAUUUUGAGAAAUGAAGAUUCAGCUUCAGAAACAGCAUAUUCAGAAAAUAGAUAUAAUUCCAGAUCUUUAGAAGGCAAAAAAUGUGGAUCUAAAAAGAAAGGACAUGAAAAACAUAUUGUUCCUUCAGUAGUCUGGAAGGAAACCGUAUCUUCAAAUAAUAAAAACCAGAUACUUAAUGAAGCUUCCACUGGAAGUGAAAGAGACACAUCAAACAUAGCACAAGAUUGGUCAUUACAAGAUCAUUAUAGAAUGUAUUCACCAAUAAUAUACCAAGCCCUCUGUGAGCAUGUGCAGACUCAGAUGUCAAUGAUGAGUAACUUGGCUUCAAAGAAUGGCUCUAAUGGAAUUCCUGUUGUACCUUGCCAUACUGAGUCUGGUUCUGAAUCUCAGGCAACAUCACAUUCUAGUUAUGGCUGUUGUACCUCCACUCCAGUCUGGUCACCUCAGAGGCUGCCCUGCCCUCCAGUGGUUCAUUCCGAAGUUCAAACUGAUGGUGAUAACCAAUUGGCAUCGCAAGGUAAAAUAAUCUCUGUGAAUUAUCCUGAUGUUCCAAGGAAUUCAUUUAAUCCCAGUCCUGGAGUUCCAGGUGGCUUGCCCCAAACUGACAAGGCGGCUAUUCCAACAUUUCAGCAGCCGAGUCUUGCUAAUUGGAUUCUGCCACAACAAGGAGUUCCUAAGGAAGCAGACCUACUAAAGUGUUUUCAAACACAUAUGUCUCUGUUUCAAUCUCAUGAAAAAGAAACUCUCUCGGACAGUCAGACACACCGAAGCCCCACUCAAUCACAGCCAGCUUUCUUGGCCACUAAUGAAGAAAGAUGUGCCAGAGAACAAAUUGGAGAGGCCACAAAUGAAGGAAAGUAUUUAAACAUACAUGUGCAAGAUACAAAAACAGUCAAGGGUGUACAGAAGGCAAAAAAUGUGAACCAGACUGCUGACAAAGUUAGAACUAUAAAAUAUUUGUUGAGAGAACUCAAGGCCCUGGUAGCAGAACAAGAGGAUUCAGAAAUUCAGAGAUUGAUAACAGAAGUAGAAGCUUGUAUAUGUGGGCUUCCAGCAGUAAGUGGAAACACAAAUAUUCAAGUUGAAAUAGCACUGGCCAUGCAACCACUGAGAAGUGAAAAUGCUCAGUUACGAAGGCAAUUGAGAAUUUUGAACCAGCGACUCAGAGAACAAGAAAAUUCUCAAAAGGAAUCUGGCCCUGUGGAAUGCAACCGUGAAUUGCAUUCCCUUCAGUCAUUGAACACAUCACUGCAAAAUCAAUUGCAGGAGUCACUGAAGAGUCAGGAAUUACUACAGAGUAAAAAUGAAGAACUCUUAAAAGUGAUUGAAAAUCAGAAAGAUGAAAACAAAAAAUUUGCUAGUAUAUUUAAAGACAAAGACCAAACACUUCUUGAAAAUAAACAGCAAUUUGACAUUGAGAUAACAAGAUUAAAAAUUGAAUUGGAGGAAGCCUUAGUCAACGUGAAAAAUUCCCGGUUUAAGUUAGAAACUGCUGAAAAGGAAAAUCAGAUAUUGGGAAUAACAUUGCGUCAGCGUGAUGCCGAGGUGACCCGGCUAAGAGAAUUAACCAGAACUUUACAGAACAGUAUGGCAAAGCUGCUCUCAGAUCUUAGUGUGGACACUGCUCGCUGCAAACCUGGGAAUAACCUUACCAAAUCACUUCUGAACAUUUAUGAUAAACAGCUUCAACAGGACCCAGCCCCUCCCCACACUUCCAUUAUGAGCUACCUAAAUAAGUUAGAAACAAAUCACAUUUUUACACAUUCAGAGCCACUUUCUACAAUUAAAAAUGAGAAAACCAUAGAGCCAGACAGACCCUAUGAAAAUGUUUUGCCCUCCAAAGGCCCUCCACAUAGUGAUACAAGGGGCAUGGAACCUGAGAUUCUUUCUACCCUUUCAAAACAAGAUUCUGAUGCUGAGUGUGAAACCAUGACUUUAAUAGAAGAUGAAUGUAAUUUAGAUAACACAAUUUAUAUUCCUUUUGCUAAAAGCCCUUCUAAGAAGAAUUCACCUCUUUCUAAGAGAAUAUCCCCCCAGUCACAGAUAAGUGUUGCUACAAGACAACUAGUCAGCAAUAGUGCAUUUAUCUCUGAAACAGAAAAUAAAGUGGGUGUACCUGUAGUUUGUUCUUCAAAAAAUGAAGCAGAAGAUACACCUGAAAAACUUUCCAGAACAGUCAAUUCAGAAGACAAACAGCUCCUCAAGAAAAUAAAGGAAGCAAUUCGUAAGAUCCCUGGUGUCACUGAGGAUCCAGAGAAACAAGCUGCAUAUGGUGACCUGUUAGCUUGUCAUAGCACCAGUGUUCAAGUGAAAAACAAUGUUGUCUGUGAUGGCAGCUUUUUAAAUUCUGACUUGAUGUCAGACUGGAGCAUCUCUUCUUUUUCAACGUUCACUUCUCGUGAUGAACAAGACUUCAGAAAUGGCCUAGCAGCAUUGGAUGCCAACAUAGCUAGACUCCAGAUGUCCUUACGAACUGGUCGUCUGGAGAAAUGAAUUCAAAAGCAAAUUGAUUGCUUUCUCUUUUUAAGAUUAGAGCUUGGCUAUAUUGAAGGUAUAUUUUAAGUUUCUGUAGAAAAAUUAUAUUGUUAAUUAUGUGUAAAAUAAUAAAUUUUAUGUGUAAUAAACUUACUGUUGGAAUAUUUUGACACUUUGGAAUUUAUAAAAACAAGUCAUCUUAAGAAAUUAACAAUUGCUAAGACAAAAAAAUUGUAGAUAACUAGGAAAGUAUUUAAAUUUAGUACUUAUCAAUUAGAGUUCUUUUACUUAUAUUUAACUGCAGGGUUAAAGGAUCAGGUUGAAAGGAUUUUAUGGUUGUUCCUUAAAGCAUAAAGGGAAGAGAGUCUCUGGGAACAUUUAUUCAAACUAGAGUUUAUUUUCUGUUUGAGGGUAUCUCUUUGUUUCUUAAUGACAUUGUGUUUUUGUAUGGAAUGUUCUGUACUACAGGCUAGUGCUGUUGGUGAGAUGUAUAAACAUUUCUUUUACAAGAAAAAGUGCCAGUUAAUGCCACUUUGUAAAACACAUUGAUAACAUUCUCAAUUAACAUGGUUUCUAAAAAUCCUAGGAAUUUUUUUCCCCCCGAAUGCAUGUUUUAAGCCCUUUAAAAAAUAGUCGGAUUGAUAAA